GGAGAGGGCGGCAUGUGUGCAAAUGCAGCCUGGGCGGUUGUGCCAGACUUUCUCAGCGUAAGGCUGCGUGGCCCAGCUUGAUGUCUGCGCCCGCAGGAGUGAGACAGCAGGAGCCGUGGCAUGCUCAGGAGAGCAGGACCGUCUCUGUGUCGCUUCUUGCUGGAGAGGAAGAGCAGCGCUGGAUAUAGCUCGUACUCCGUCGAGGCAAAAAUAUCAAGGCCAGUGCAAGCUCAGAGACUGGAGGGAAUAGAUAAGAAUAUCUGGGUGGAGUUUGUAAAACUGGCUGCCACCUACUCCACAGUGAACCUGGGCCAGGGCUUCCCCGACUUCCCCCCACCGGACUUUCUGAAGGAGGCGUUUGUGAGAGCCCUCAGCAGGGAGAACUACAUGCUGCACCAGUACACCCGUGCCUUUGGCCACCCGCCUCUGGUGAAGAUCCUAGCCCAGUUUUUUGGGAAGCUGCUUGGACGAGAGCUGGAUCCUAUGAUUAACGUGAUGGUGACUGUGGGAGCAUACCAGGCUCUUUUCUGCUGCUUCCAGGCUUUCGUUGAGGAAGGUGAUGAGGUGAUAAUCAUUGAGCCCUUCUUCGACUGCUAUGAGCCAAUGGUGAAAAUGGCUGGUGGGACACCUGUGUUUGUCCCACUGAGACUGAAAGCUCCAAAAGAUGGAAAACUGAUGUCUAGUGCAGACUGGCAGCUGGACCCAACUGAACUGGCUUCUAAAUUCAGUGAACGGACAAAAGCCAUUGUCCUGAACUCACCCAACAACCCUCUGGGCAAGGUAUUCAGCCGAGGGGAACUGGAGCUCAUUGCAGACCUGUGUGUGAAGCAUGACGUCCUGUGCAUCAGUGAUGAAGUGUACGAGUGGCUGGUCUACGAUGGGAAGGAGCACAUCCGCAUUGCCAGCUUGCAAGGGAUGUGGGACCGCACAGUGAUCAUUGGGAGUGCUGGGAAGACCUUCAGUGCCACUGGAUGGAAGGUGGGCUGGACCGUGGGACCCAACCGUCUGCUGCAGCACCUCCGUACCGUGCACCAAAACUCAGUGUACCACUGUGCCACAGUUGCCCAGGAGGCCAUGGCUCAGGGUUUCCAGAGGGAGCUCGAGCUCUAUGGGAAACCAGACAGCUACUUCAUCCAACUGCCCAAGGAGCUGCAGCAGAAGAGAGACUGGCUGGUGCAGAGCCUGGAUGCUGUGGGGAUGAAACCCAUCAUCCCUGAGGGCACCUACUUCUUGGUGGCAGACAUCUCCGAGUUCAAAUCCGACGUCCCUGAUGUCCCUGACUCCGAUGAGCCCUACGAUUCCAGAUUUGCAAAGUGGAUGGUCAAGAACAAGGGACUUGCUGCCAUCCCGCUCUCCGCUUUCUACUGUGGGGCCCACAAGAACAACUACAACCAUUUCAUCCGUUUCUGCUUCGCAAAGGAGGAAGCUACAUUGAAGGCAGCAAAUGAUAUAUUGCAAAAAUGGAAACAGGAGAAAACUAGUCCUUGA